AUGGACGAUGUGGGUUUUAUGGCAGCUCCGGAUUGUUACAAUGACCGAAGUCGAAACAAGGAAGUUUCCAGAUAUUUGCAUUUAGGAAACUGGAACGAUGAACUGACUAUGAGGAACAUAAUCUCAGACAUUCAAAAGACUUACAACAUCAGAGGUGUAAGUAUUUCUUUGAUUUACAAAGCAAGAACGAUUGUGAAGUACGAAAACAGACUCAACGUUAGAGAAAUGCCACGUUCUGUCCUGAUUGAUGGCCAUUGCAUCUUGUCAAAUUCGCUGUUGGUUCUAUUUGAUACCACUAAAGACUGGCGUACAAGCAAAAACCCAUUGGUUGCUGGCUCUCCUUACAUUCGCUUUUAUUAUGGAGUUCAUUUAAAAGGCUCGCAAGGUAGCACCAUUGGCGUCCUAUCUAUCUUUGACAAUAUACCUCGACCAGAUUUCUCCCAACAAGACGUUCAGAACUUAAACAACUUUGCCCGAACCAUCAUGAGCUUUCUAAACAUGCCAUAUCAGACAAAUAAAACCAAUAAAAGGAAUGGAAAACAGCACGAGACAAGGUUCUCCCACGAAAAACCGAACAUUACGAAGCAGUUGGGAAGAGCCACAAGCCGUGGAUAUAACUUAACCAUAUUUGAUAAAGAUGGAUCGGGUACAUCUUAUUUGGCUAAUAUGAACGAAAUGAACCAGUGUACUUCCAAAACAGUGGUUGAAAACACUGUAAGCUCAACUCACAAGCAAGCCAUUGUAAAACGAAUCUAUGGUCUCAAUACCAUCAAGCAAGGAGCAGCUGCCAUUUGCAGAAUUAUAGUUGCAAAUGAAAAAGUGGACUAUGCUUGCAUCUAUGAAGUGAAAGUUUCGGAUGUGUAUUCUAUAGCAAAAGAUGUGGCAACGAAAAAUCUGUCCGGCAACACAAUCUCAUACGAUCUAAAAGACUAUACAGAGGCUAAAAUUUCAGAGAAAUUUAGAGCAAGGAUGUUAGGUGCCUCUGCGGAAGAGCCUUGUCCCAUUGCACAUCAAUACUUGCGAGCAGCAUUCGAAAGCACAAACGGAAUUGAUUAUGCCUCCAAUACAAACAGUGCGGUUUUCAACACGGGAGUAUUUCUAACUUUUCAUAAAUCAGAGAAAAGCUCAUUCGCCAGCCGCCAAAAUGUUGGUUCUGGAGACAUUCGUGUGCGUUCUGGAGGAUUUGUGAUUUGCGUUUUGAACAAGUCGCCAGAGGACCGUAUUGAGCAACAAAAAGCAUCAAGAAUAUUUGACUAUUCACGGAUUGUGCGUCUGGUUUACUUGUACUGA